UCUUUCCCGCUCGAGUGCCGGCGGAGUUUUGCACAUUGAAUUACAGGAGAAAUACUUCAAUGCUAUUGCAGGAUGGGGCAAGAGAAGCUGACCGAUGCUCAAUUGAAUGCCAUUCAUGCUCCCAUCGACAAACCCCUCAUGAUCCUUGCUGCCGCUGGAUCGGGAAAAACAUUGGUUCUUUGUCAUCGGAUUUUGCAUUUGAUUUCCCAGGGUGUUUCUCAGAAGGAUAUCCUUGCAGUAACAUUCACUAGAAGGGCUGGACAAGAUCUCCUUUAUAGGUUAGAGCGUCUUGGAGCUGCUCAAAAGCAUUCCAUUGAAGUCUCAUCACGUGCUGUUGGCAUACGUGUUGGAACCUUUCAUUCUUUCUGCUUAUCUGUUUUACGGGCCUACCCAAAUCAUGCUGGACUUGCUCCUGAUUUUGUGGUUUUUACUCCAAAAAUGCAGCUUGAUUUGUUGGAAAGCCUGAUUGAAGAGUGGCAUAUGAAGAGAAGCCUUGAUGGACAAUCCAUACAUUUUCAUGACAAGCUGGCUACAAGUAAGAAGCUACAGGGGAGGUAUCAUUCCGUUGCAGAAAAGAAUAGUAUUUUUAAACAUGGAGCUUAUCGAUUGCUUCAACAUCUUCAUAAAGCUCAAUUUGGGAAGCUACAAGAAGUUGUUAAAGAUGCUGAUCUUAUUUGGAAUGAAAGGGAUGGUAUAUCAGAAAAGAUCUUGCAGCAAUAUCACGAACGCCUUCUGCAGGAAAAUGGGAUAGACUUUAAUAGCUUCAUAAGGUACACUAUAAAUGUUUUACAAAAGUGGCCAAGUGCGUUGGAGAGUGCAGGGUUGAAGACUCAAUAUAUAUUUGUGGAUGAAUUUCAGGACACUGAUGUUGGUCAGUUUGAAUUACUGAGAAUUCUUUGCAAGGAACACGGGCACAUUACAAUUGUUGGUGAUGAUGAUCAACAAAUAUAUUCGUGGCAUGGUGCAGCUGGUUUUCAGAAUAUCAAAAAAUUUGAAAAUGCUUUUGUUGGUGUAACCAUCAUUAAGUUGGAACAAAACUUUCGCAGUACAGGUGCAAUAGUGGCAUCUGCUCGAAGCUUGAUUACUAAGAAUAAGAAUAGAAUACCAAAGACUGUGCGAACUGUAGCACCCACAGGUAUGCUGAUGACAAUUUGUGAGUGCAGAAAUGUUCAAUGUGAAGCUACAGCUGUUGGAGAUUUUAUAUUAUCAUUGAAGCAACAAGGUGUGCCUUUGCAAGAAAUUGCUAUUUUAUAUCGUCUGCAACGUAUUGGUUUGGAGGUUCAGCACAACUUGCAAGCUUGGGGCAUUGAGUGUCACAUUAGAGGUAGUGGAUCUGGGUCUUCUGGAAGUCAAGUUUUUCUUGGUAAUGGUGAAGAAGUUGAUUUAGUAUUUGGGGAUGUAUUCCAUGACAUUCUUGCAGUUCUACGAGCAGCCACCUGUGAAUCGGAUGAGCUGGGAUCUAAGCGCCUAUUGAAUCUUUUUUGUCCAUCUAUGAGUUUAGUGAUAAGAGAUUGUUUAUCUUACCUUCAACUGAAGAAGGGUUUCUCGUUGUUACAAGCCAUUAAAUCUACGUGGUCCCAUCUAGUUGGGUUGCUAACAUGCAGUGAACUAUCUUCACAUGCCUCGGCUAAAUCAAUGUCUAAUAUGUCAAAGAGUGAUUGUGUAACACUUGAUGGUAUGAAUUCCAUAUUGAAACUUAUAGCAGCCACAAAGAAUGACUCAAAACAUAUGAGUUUGAGAGAUAUUAUAUUCAAUAUCUUGCAGCAGAUUUCUUGUGUAAGAAGCAGUCAAGAUGUUCAACACAUUUCAAAUCCUGAAUCUGAUGGAAAUAAAGUAAAGAAUCAUCAAUAUUUGUCUCCUUCCCACAAAGUUGAAACUAGGUUACAUAAGAACUUAGAAUAUGCUGGGAUUAAAGCUCUUUUAAAAGAAGCUGCUUUGUUUGAUGGUGAAACUGCAUCUGAUUCAAAAAGCAGGAAUUGUGUUGCUAGCAAAGAGAGAAAUAUUGCUGCACAUCAAAGAAGCUAUAUGGACAUGAAACAGAAGAGAAGCAUAGGGAGAAGAUCUGCAACAUCAGUUGAUAAGCCUGGCAUUCUUGAGACCGUUGGUUCAAGGAUUGAGGGGAACUUGGAGAAGCUAAAGAUAUUCCUCGAUCAGGUUAAUCUGAAAAUGCAUGAUAAUGAGCUAGGUGAAAAUAAUGGUUUCAAGUCCUCGUCUUUAAAUGAAGCUGUUUCCUGCAGCUUAGCAGGCACAACUGGAGUGACACUUUCAACCAUCCAUCAGGCAAAAGGUCUAGAAUGGACAGCUGUCAUUUUAGUACGAGCGAAUGAGGGAGUCAUACCGCUUAUGGAUGAUGAUUUUAUAGUCGAACCAAGCUGUCCGAGAACCAUUGACCAUGGCAUCAUAUAUAAAGCUGAUGUAAUUAGAAAGGAAACUGGAACUGAAAGUAACACAAGCAAGGACGGCAUCUCAGUAUUAGGACCUUCUAUCUCAGAAGCUCAAGGAAAUUUUUCUAAUGGACCAAACAGAGGAGUUGAAGAAGAGAGGCGGCUUAUGUAUGUGGCUUUGACUCGAGCUAAACGUUUUGUUCUUGUCACACAUAUUGUGACAGCAGGUGGGCAACAGAUGGCACCAUCACGUUUCUUAGCAGAUAUUCCACAAGGUUUGGUGCGCAGAACAACAUGCUAUGAAAGUAAAACUCCAUUGCCUGUUUCAGUGACAUCUUCACCUACUUCAACAAAAAUGUUGCAGUCUACUAAUCAUGAAAGUACUGAGAAAAACAUUAAAGCUUCAACAAGAAUAGCUCAAUCUCAAAUUGUGAAUGUUGAUAGAUGCAAUCAUAUGCAGCAUUCAACCAAACGUUUUAAAUCAUCUACACAAAAUGUUAAAAGGAAAACCAUUUUGCAGUUCAAUUGUGCUGUGACAGGAAUUUCUGCUGCUGUAGAGUAG